UGUGUUUUGAGCAGGUCCUCGCUGGUGUAGGGGGUGCUGCGUGCGGUAGGAUUGGGAUUGGGGUGGCAUUUUGCGUUGUGGUGUGUGUGUGUGUAAAACUCCGAACGAUUGCUAUUGAUUUUUCCUUCACGUGAAGAGUUCAGGACUGUCACUUGCAGCCUACUACGACCCGUGGACAGCAAGUGUUUUUCCUCUGUGUCGCCUGUGCAAUUCCACCAUUCACCAGUGCUGGAUGGUUUUCCUGUAUCAAACAGUAUUAGUGUCUUGCGAAAACCUCUUUCAAAAAAAGUUCCUCGGGAGAGUGUAAGCACAACCCGAAAGGAAAUGAUUCAUGUCGUUUCCUUAUGCUACAGUUCCCCAAAAACACAAGGUGUAAACAUUGUACAAUUUUAGUCCACGCGAAAGAACCCAUUAUAGACUUUCCAGAAAAUCUUACAGAAGACAUCAGGUAACAAUUGAGCAACUAUUGUACGUCCAUCGAUAGACAGCAGGGAAGACUGUUCAUUGAACACGGACCGAGAAAAACGCUCACACAAACAAUCUCGCGAUGCAGCUAACCCGGAGACAACAGUUUAACUUAAUUAUCACCACUGGAAAAAGUGCUCCCCAUCCACAGAUCCGCUUACUUCUGCUACUGCUGUUAGCCGUCAUUGUUCCGUACCAUGUAACGAUAGCACUACCGGAAGGAACGUUCCCGGUUGCGAAGCGUAUGAAUAUCGAAACCUGCUUAGUUCGGUUCGAUGUGCAUCUUAACACUAUCAUACGCACGGAAGAAUCGCGAUCGAUGGGUGCACGCUUCCUGGACGAUGCUGAUCUUAACUCGCGCGAACAGUGUCUACGGCUGUGUUGCGAAACGGAGAACUGUGACGUGUUCGUGUUUGAAGAAAAGAGUCCGGGAACGUGUUUCCUCUUUCAGUGUGGUCCACCGGAGAACUUCCGCUGCAAGUUUACACGCCACUCGAACUACACCAGCGCCGUUCUGUCCAUCCCACCGCCGCCCAUCGAACAACCGCCUCCACCACCACCGCUGGCAGCCCAGAUACAAUCGUUAGCCGCACCACCGGCAGGCAACGGGAAUGGAGCCACAAAGUCACUCUCGCAGCAUGAGAUGGAACUGGUUAGCUUGAAGGAUGGUGGUGGCACCAGCAAACUGUUGGGCGCAGCAAACUUCGCAUCACCACCAUCAUCCACCACGCCCUUGCCACCGUUGGGAGUACGGCUCGGGGAAAUGCUUACAACUCCCAGCCCAAGUACACCGAAACAGCAGUCGUUGGCCUCGCAGCAAUGUGGUCACUUUGAGUUUCCAUGCCAUUCUGGGGAGUGCAUCGCAGUGUACAACGUGUGCGAUGGCAUUCCGCAGUGUGAGGACGGUAGUGAUGAAGGUGCCGAAUGUCCACAAAAGAACUCCGGUCCCGUUGCGAUGCAAGGCGCAAGAGAUCAGAGCUCUGGGCAUGGACGAACGGCGGGAAGCAUUAGUGGUGGCGGAUCUGUGAACCAACCUAUCAUAAUGAUUCCUGGGGUACGAGGCGGUGUCGCAGGUGCUGGCGGCGGAAACAUGAAUCCGAUGGGUAUGAACUCGCCGGGAAUGUUGCCACUCGACCAACGCAUGUAUCAACCCAUGGAUUACCAGCAACCACCCAAUCGAUUCAGUUUGUCGUCGCUGGAACAGCAACAGCAGCAACAACAACAGAUGCACCGCAAUCGCGAAGAUCCGAUGACGGCUCCCAAACCCUGGCCCCGUCCAGCAAUUAACGAGCCUAACUAUGUCGAUACCGCGGAUAGCCAUAUCUUUAACCAUAAGGGCGGUCUGCAACUGUCGGCAGUAAACAACAUGGUCCCACCCGGACAGCAAUAUCAGGAAUCGCUGUCGGAAUCGAGUUACAUGCCGGCUUCCUCCGUGGUACGUGCAGGAGGUGGAAAAUCAUACCUCACUCUUGCAGGCAGCAAUAGUUAUCCUCAACAGGCGUUGCAACAGUUCCCGGUCGAACAAUCAUCGCAACAACAACCGCCUUAUAAAGCCAUGAUUCCAUCCCAGUGGAUAGGAAGUAAUAACAACAUGCGAUCUAGUUGGCCGCUGUCGCCCGGGGAUGGGCUGUCGCCUAGCAGCAGCGUUGGUAGUGAUGGUGUUCCUUCAAGAGAACAGUACAUACAACCCCCAGUACAACAGCAAAAGCAUCCUUCGAUCGCAACGCAAGACAUUCAGUCUACUUCCAACGGCGCGGGUGAUGGAUCAGUGUCCUCGUCGAUCGCGUUGCAACAGCAAUCGGCCCAAAACCAACCACACCCUGCUAGCAGUGGUGGUGUACAGUGGGCACAGGCAGCAUCAGCUGCAGGAACACCAACGCCUGGUACUCUACCGACUGGGGAUGGAUCAGCGAAUCGCGCCGACAGUGCAGUUAAAGAUCCAUCCACAAGUAGCAGCCAUGAAUCGAUGAUGCCUUCGGCCGCUGGCGCGCCCCAAAAUAGCGCCAAACAUAAGCCACCUUCCAGCAACGCUCCAUCGGGCAGUGGGGCCGAAUACGAAGAGGAUGCAUACGACGACACGUACCCGGAAUCGACGAAUGCCGCCGGUGCGUCCGGAGUCGAUGAUCAAUCGCAGCCACCGACACAAACGGAACCACCGAAGAAAAAGCUCCGAAAACACCGUAAACACGAUCACGAUCACGGUAAGCAAGAUGGCUCGGAAAAUGGUGUGGAACCGUUGGAACAGAAAAAGAAGAAGAAAACGAAAACCAUCAAGAAAGAUAAGGCCGCUGAACAUGAAGCGGCUGGACACCAUGCUGAACCGAUCGUGCACGAGCACCUGAAAGCGCUGCACAAGGAGCUGGAGAUCGAGUUUGCGGAUCACGACGGGUACGCCGACCGUCCCGGCGGUGCGAUGCUCUCACUUACCCUCGGUGUGUUGCUGACCGCGGCCAUGGGUAUUCUGCUGAGCUGUCGGAUGCGUGUCGCACGGCGAAGGAUCCGUCGCCCGGGGAAAUCGUCUUACGCGCACGACGCCGAUUUCCUGGUGAACGGCAUGUAUCUGUAGUUUUCGCGGAUUUUGCGAUGCCGGGAAAACCCCCUCUGUCCGGUUUUCCUCUCUAUGUCCCAUCCGUUUUUUUGACCCUCGCUGUAUGAUAUGUGUUUCGUUCCUUGUUUUCUGGGUUGAACAAUUAUUCAUUAUUAGUGCUGUAAUUAGUGAAGAGCUGCAUUAAAAGGCAUACAUAUACGGAAUGAAAAAUAAAAUUGGCUGAAUGGAAAACUCUA